AUGUCGAAAGCAGGGCAUUUCUUUCAACAGAAAGGAGUCCGAGAUGCCUUUCGGAUAUUAGCUUGGGUACCAGUGGGAAUAUUCUUCACUAGACAUAUAUACUCUUUAGCAAGUGUGACGGGAGGUAGUAUGCAGCCAACGUUCAACCCGAAUUUGUCUUCUUCACCACUACAUCAUGAUGUAGUAUUACUAGAAAGAUGGUCAAUAGCCGUGAAUAGAUUUAGAAGAGGUGAUGUAGUUACAUUAUGGUCUCCUCAGAAUCCAGAUUUACUAACUACGAAACGUAUAGUAGCGUUAGAGGGUGAUCUGGUAAAUCCAUUACCGCCGUCACCACCUACACCGAUACGUGUACCACCUGGACAUUGUUGGGUUGAAGGUGAUUCAAAAUAUCAAACUAGAGAUUCUAAUACAUAUGGAGCUAUACCACUCGGACUUAUAACGUCAAGGGUAGCUUAUAUACUUUGGCCAUGGCCAAGAAGAGGUAUAGUGGAUAAUGAGUUACCUACUAAAUCAAAAGGAAGAGUGAAAACCCUGGGUCAAAAUUUCUUACAAAGUAAAUUUGGAGAAUGA